AAAUUCCGUUUCAAUCAUCGGAUUCUAAUAUAUAAAUUAUACUAUAAUAAUUAAUAGUAAUAAAUAAUGGUUUCUUCUUCGUCUUUGUUGUUUGCUGCGAAGCAGUUGGUAGCUUCAACAAGAUCGGCCCUGUUCCGUCAUACCCCCAAUCCACGUCAAUUCAGCACCAAAACUCGUGUUAUCGAUGAUUUGAAAAAAUUGAGGUCUUAUACAAUGCAUAUAACUAUACCCAAUGGAUUUGAAAGCUUAAUCUCGCCGGAGGGCGAAGUUAAGGAGGAAUACAUACUAGAAAACAUGAAUAUGUCACUAAAUAUCCCUGCAAACCUUGAGGUGAAGGAGACACCUGAAGGAGAAGGAGGAGGGAGCAUGUCGUUUUUCCUAAACAUGGGUGUCGAUAACUGGGACAGCCACGGGUUCGAUAUCAAGACCCACUGUGCUGAAUGUGUUAAGAACCGCAAGGCGUUUUUCGUCGAAGCUAAUAUCGCUGAUAAGAUAAUCUACCACAGCAAGGUUCAUUUAACUGCUGGCCAUGAUGAGGACUAUAAAACAGAGACAAAAGACAGUGGUUUGUUGGUUACGUUCUUCAAGAACAAGCCCCGCCCAGUUACUGUCUACAAGGUUAAGGAGGAGGGGGAUGGCGGCAGCUCAGCUGUUUGAUUAACGUACUGCUAAUCUUCUUAAUCUAACAGUAGAAAGAAAAAAGUAGAGGAGUAACAGUUUUUGUCAGAAACCAAUCUUAAUGCUAUUAUUAACACCCCAUUGUAAUGUUGGUUGGAUGGUUGCCAAUGCUUAUUGCUAUUUAGUAUAUGAAUAUCUGUUAGUACUA